AUGCUUUCUCGUUCUACUGCUCGCUGUGCCCCCGCCGCCCUUGCUGGCAUUCGUCAGCGUGCCAUGCAGACUGGCCUUAAAAAGUUCAUAGCGUUCCCUGAGGUCACUGAUGAGCGUGUUAUCCCCGCUGUUGCUAAGGUCCUCAAGGAGAAGAUCGCCCAACCCGUGCUGGUUGGUGAUCGCGAGGCGGCUUACAAGUGCGCGAAGGCUAACAACGUGUCUCUUGAAGGUGUGAGGAUCAUUGACCCUUCCCUUCACCCUGAAGUCGUCGAGCAGACAGCAACUGUCUUGUUCCAGAAGCGUCAGAAGAAGGGUAUGACUCUCGAUGCUGCUCUUGAUACUGUGAAGAACUCCCCUCUCAUGAUGGCCGACUUGAUGUUGACCACUGGUCACGUUCAAGGAUGUGUCGCCGGAGCCUCUCAUACCUCUGCUGAUGUGGCCAGAGCCGCCUUGCAGACUGUUGGUACAACCUUUGUGAACGAACGCCACACUGCCUUUACAUCGGCAUGGCCGUAA